GUGGACCUAACCCUUCACGCUGUCCCGAGAAAGACACUUUCUCUUCCUCUUCUCUUUCACAAGCUCUCUCAUUCUCUUGUCUGUCUUCUUUUUGUUCUCUCUGUCAUAACAAUCUUUUUUUUUUCUGGAGGAAGAGAUGGGAAACUGUCAGGCGGUUGAUGCGGCGGCGUUAGUUCUACAACAUCCCGGCGGCAAAAUCGAUAGAUAUUACGGUCCUGUCUCCGUCGCCGAAAUCAUGCGUAUGCAUCCUGGUCACUACGUUUCUCUUAUCAUUCCUUUGCCGGAGGCAGACAUUCCAGCAAAGACGAGGGCGGAGGAAGAAGAUGGUAAGACUCAGAAAAGGGUCGUGAAGUUCACGCGCGUGAAACUUCUCCGACCAACAGAGAAUCUCGUACUUGGUCAUGCUUACCGUCUCAUCACUUCACAAGAGGUUAUGAAAGUUAUAAGAGCGAAGAAGUAUGCGAAGACAAAGAAGCAUCAGAAUGAAACGACUAGAGAGAAGAAAAAGCCAUCGCUGGAGAAGAAGGUUGAUGAAGUAUCCGACAAGCAUCAGGAUCUGGAAACAAAUGAUGAGAAGCAACGUGCAGUGUUAACGAGCUCAGGUUCGUCAAAAUCAAAAACAUGGAGGCCAUCAUUGCAUAGCAUCUCUGAAGCUACGAGUUGAUGUUUAUUUUAGUUUUUGCUUAAGGAACAAGAAGCAAAGUCUCUGUGUGAGAUCAUCAGGAGAUGGAAUCUUCAAGUUAAAGAGAUGUAAAUUCUUCUCUUUUAUGCUAUUUUCUGGUUUUCACAUAUAUCAAGAGAAAAAACUCUAUAGAGUUUAAAUCGAGUCCCUUUUUUCUGUUAGCCAAUGUAUAUAAGUUCUCAAGAUGAAUGAAUCGAUUGAAAAAAGGAACUGUAAAACAGAUGAAUUUGUUGGUAUUUAGAAAAAAAAAAUACAGAUUUAUUAUACAA